GUGAAAGGUGAAUACAUAUAUGACGCGCUUGUUUCUAUUGUAGUUUUUUAGAAAACCUGAGAAAUUUGGGGCUUUUGGCUUUGGUUUUGAGUAAAUCAAAUUAAUAUAUUUUAAUGAUACCUAUGGAUUGCUGACGAUUGAUAAAUAGAAUAUGCGAAUUGCUGAAAUGUGUCUCAAGCUGGUAGCAAUUUCUCUCGAGUAAUAUAAUGUUGUAGUAAGUCUUGCACUCAGCAGUGCAAUAAUGAAUAGCCAAAUCUGAGCCAAAUGACUUGUGCACUGUUUUAAUGAUUGGCUCAGAUCAUGACAGGAGUCCUUGUGUCCAACUGAGUCAGGAAAUGACGGACACUGUAAACUUGUGACUUGGUGGAGGCAUUAAAUGCCCUACUUUUUGCCGCGCCAUAGUUAAGAAACGGUGCGCUGCAGGCGCGCCAAAUUUUGGGUACCUGGCUAUAGGGAAUCAAUUGAAGGUUAUCAUGGCAAAAUGUCAAAAAAAUUACUUAAAAUUUUUAGGCAUUAAGUUUUUAGUGAGGUCAUUAUUUCUUAGUUUUGGGGCAAAAACAGCAGCUGCAGCCUUCAUGUUGAUAUGUUCAAAAAGCCACAAAUUCACAGAAUGGACGUAUAGGCAUGCCGUAAAUGCCAUUAGACUGUGAAUACAUUAACAGUCAAAGUAGUAUCUUAUAUUUUUAAUAAAAUAACCAUGCUACAUUUUCCAUAAUCUUGAACUGAAUCUGGGCGAUUUCUCCUAGCCACUUCAUGACCGUGAUGCACAUUUCUGACAUUUCUUUACUUGAUCAUUUUCGACUAAGCACAAUUAUGUGCUUACUCAUAUGAUAAAAUGAAUGUCACCAUCAUGUUCUAUGCCCAAAAGUACCCAUAAAACAUGUGUCAUAGUCUGUGAAUGCCAGUUUUGAUUUUCAGGUAUGCCUGUAUAUGUGCUUAACUGAUUGACCUGACCUUGGCCCUGACCUAUGCCUGACUGACACCUACUUACAUGGAUCUGACACUGGUGUCGCACUUAUAUGAAGGAUUGGGCACAGUUUGGUCAGAAUUUAUGACAAGAGAUGCCCAGUUCAAGGUUCUGAAUUUUAUGUGUUUGACCUGACCUUGACCCGACUUGUGACCUUGAAAUUCAACUUUCAAGUACUCAUCUGAAGCGUCUUGUCGCAUUCUUUCGUUUGCUGCCUCGUGAGUUUUGCUGUGCCUAUUAGUUAUCGAGUUAUCAGUUGGGGGGCGUUUAAUGAUUCCCCCUUCUCAAUCAAAGGGUGGAUGGCGAAAUACCCCAGCAACUGGCUGGUUAACAUCACAUAGGGCUGGUCAUUCAUAACCAGUGGGCUGUGCCAUUAUCUCUGUGGCUGUGUACCAUUUCAGAUCAUUUCAGAUCAUCGCUGGAAGGAGAAACAUCAACAGAAAAAUGAGCUUGGUGGUCUGAGCUCCUUGAAGCUUCCAUAAACAAGCAAGAUGAAGGGAGAGUCAGGACCCCCACCUCCCCCACCCCCACCACCUGUUUCCCUGUCGAGGCCGCUCAAGCUGCCGGCCUCCGCCACGGAUGAGGACGAGGACGUUCUGGGAGCAGUGGCUUUUCGCGCCGCCCGCGCGUCCCUGUACCACCGGCUUAUCAUCCACCUCAACGAGACACAGCCCAUCAUCCAGGAGGGACCCACGUGCGGCCUGGCCGCCGCCUCCAUGGCUCUCGCCCAGCUGGGCCGGCGCGGUGAUGACGUCACAGUGACGUCACUGCUGCAGGAGGCGCGCUGCGGCGCGAUGACGGCCCAGGGCGAGAUGUUCUCGGCAGCCGACCUGGCGCGUCUGGUCGCCGGCCGACUGGCCCCGGACGGCGACCCCGCCACGGCCGGCCGCGUCAGGAGCGACCUCGACCGGCCCGAGGCCGUGCUGCGGGCCGUGCUGCGCGGCGACGCCGUGCUUGUGCCUUACGACGCCGACCGGAACCACGCGCCGUGCGCGCGCGGCGGAGCGGCCGCGCACUGGGCGCUCGUCUGCGGCGUGCUCGUCGGCACCGCCGCCGACGCCGACGACCCCCGCGAGACGGACACUCGCCCGCCCACCGUCGACGAGACGGUGUACCCCGCGCCGCCGCAGCUGGUGUCUGCGGCGGCGGCGCGCGCGGACGGUCUGCGCCCCGACCGGCGCGAGCUACUGCUGCUCUGUCGGCAGAGCAAGAGCCGCCGGCUGGCCGUGUGGCGCUACGGGGACCUGGUGGUGAGUAACGCCCAGCUGCGAGCGGCGCGGCCCCACCGGGACGGUGAGCAGCCGUACGUGCUCAGCCAGGGCUCGGUGGAGGCUGGUUUGUGCGGACAGUGGGUCCACCUGUGGCGGCCGGACCGGGGGGAGGGGAGGGAAGCACUGGUCGAGGCGGACUCACUGGCGGACUGGCUCCUGGGGCAGGAGGCCUCGGAUGGCGGAGAGGCGGCGGUGUAACGCUUGAGGUCGGGGAGUCAGAUGUGCCUCUGACCCGCACGGGAACUAGUCAUUGUCUGCUGCUUGACUUCGCUGCUGCCUUACCCUUUUACCGAUAGAUUUGGAUUGCACCGUUCAUAUAACGGAUCGUUUGUCGUAUUAUGACGUGUAGUUAUUUCAGUGCAUUAAUUAUUAACAUUUGUGCGAUAUUGAUUGAUUUCCCCUCCGUCACCAUGAACAGUAAGCUCGGUAAUGUUUUUGUUUUGCCCGAUCUGGUUGAUAUGGGAUGAAGCUGGCUUUCAUCUUAUUGCUUUUUCUAUGUACCUUUGUUUAGGUAAGAUAUCAAGAAAAGUCAUGUAGUUUCUAGAGCAACAUGAUUCUCAGUCGUUCUUUGAUUGCCCUAUGCCAUUUUCCCAUCAAUGUGGAAUUGGUUAGCGGCUAGCGCUAAGUGCUUGAAGAAAGAUGCCAGGUGUGCCUUGGGUUUCCGAUUCAGGGCUGCUCUUUUACAAGUGAUCACAUUUGGAAACCUGUGAAUAAGUCGUGAAGCAUGAAGCUGGCGCAAAUAUUUAUGCUUGUAUAGGCUGUUGCAUUCAAUAACAGUGCGCCCUUUUUGCCCGUGGAAUGCUAUGGUGUGUUGUGAAUGCCUACAAGUUGUAGGUACAAUAUAAACCAGCCGGUUUAUAUUUAUAUAUAUAAUAUAGUUGUGCAGCAUUUUUAAAAGA